ACUCGCGGCGGGGCUGUCACAUGACUCGCGCGCUGUAAACAUGGCAGGCCGGGAGCGCGAGGGUCUGCUGGACGAAGACGAGGAUGAUGAAGGUGUGUCUGACCUGAGCCCGCUGUGUGACCCGACUCACCUGCUCCACCGGAUCGUGGUUCUGAUCUUCAUGUGCUUCCUGGGCUUCGGCAGCUACUUCUGUUAUGAUAACCCUGCAGCUCUUCAGACUCAACUCAUACAGGAUAUGAGUCUGAACACGGCCUCGUUCAUGCAGCUGUAUGCGUGGUACUCGUGGCCUAAUGUGGUUCUGUGCUUUCUGGGCGGCUUUCUGUUGGACCGGGUGUUCGGCAUCAGGCUGGGCACGAUCAUCUUCGCCUUGUUUGUGUUAAUAGGCCAGAUCAUAUUUGCUGCCGGAGCUCUGGCCAAUCACUUCUGGCUGAUGAAUCUGGGUCGUUUUGUGUUCGGCAUCGGAGGAGAGUCUCUGGCCGUGGCUCAGAACACGUAUGCAGUGAACUGGUUCAAAGGAAAAGAACUCAACCUGGUGUUCGGCCUGCAGCUCAGCAUGGCCAGACUGGGCAGCACGGUGAACAUGAACAUCAUCGGCUGGGUGUACGGCCGCAUCGAGGUCCUGCUGGGCUCCGCCGGACACACCACUCUCGGGAUCACACUCAUGAUCGCGGCGUCCACGUGUCUGUUCUCCCUCACAUGUGCUCUGAUCCUGGGCUUCCUGGACCGAAGAGCAGAGAAGAUCCUCCACAAGGAGCAGGGCAAGACCGGGGAAGUCAUCAAGCUGACAGACGUCAAGGACUUCCCUUUCUCUCUCUGGCUCAUCUUCAUCGUCUGUGUGGCCUAUUACGUGGCCAUCUUCCCGUUCAUCGGACUGGGCCAAGUUUUUUUUAUCGAGAAGUUUGCCUUUACUACUGUCCAGGCCAGAGCCAUCAACAGUAUCGUGUACAUCAUCUCGGCUCCGGCGUCUCCUCUGCUGGGGUUCGUGGUGGAUAAGACCGGCAGGAACAUCCUGUGGGUUAUGCUGGCCGUCGUCACCACGCUCCUCUCUCACAUGAUGCUGGCCUUCACCUUCUGGAACCCCUGGAUCGCCAUGUGUCUGUUAGGCUUGUCGUACUCUCUGCUGGCCUGCGCUCUCUGGCCGAUGGUGGCGUUUGUGGUCCCGGAGCAUCAGCUGGGGACGGCGUACGGGUUCAUGCAGUCCAUACAGAACCUGGGCCUGGCGCUCAUGUCCAUGGCUGCCGGAAGCAUCCUAGACCUCAAAGGAUACCUGUUCCUCGAGGUCUUCUUCAUCGCCUGCCUGUGCUUGGCCCUGCUGGCAGUGGUUUUGCUGCACCUCUAUGAUUAUUAUAAAGAGGGAGAUCUGAACCUGUCGGCCUCAGCGCGAGCCAGCAGAAUCAAGUCUGAGUGAAGGCUCUUCUCUUCUGCUCUCCUUCCUCUCGGGUCUUUCUGCACUGACACCUCAGAUUACCCACAAUCCUUCACUGGGCACCACUGAACCAGACGUUACACCCGGUCUCAAAUCAGCUCGACGUUAUUUCCAUUAGUUAAACACAUUUGAAUCCCACAUUUACUAUUUUAAUUGUCUUGUUGUAGGAUGUGAUUGCCAUGCAAUGUUUUCUUUAAUGAUUUUAUGUCUAGAUCAGAUGAUUUUAACCACUGUAUCUCAGUAGUGGGUUAAAUGUGUUUAAUCUUCUUGAAAAUAAUGUCCCCAAAUAGUUUUCUUAAAGCAGUAGUUCACCCAAACUCUCACCUUCAAGCUUACGUCGUCCCAAACGGUACUGUAUAUGAACAAAAGAGAUAUUAUGACCAGCAUUAUAUAUAUAUAUAUAU